AUGGUGGACCCAGGCCUCCUUAACGCGGCUAUAAAGCUUAAUUUAACCACGAGGGCCAAGACGGCUGCGGAUAACCGCUUUAUUAAGAAGGGCCUGGUACUUGGCAUUGACGCCCGCGACGUUCGCCGCCCGGAUGUCUGGGAUGGUAGAGCCACGGUACAGUUCAGCGUCAGUGACGGCGGAGAAACGGCCAGGGACUCGGUGGCUCUCCGUGUUGCUCCUGUCUUGACACACCACCAUCUGCAACAAGCCAGCGAGAUCAUUACAACGAAGCCCGGGGACAAUGGCUUCGGAGCCAGGUUUGCCAAGGAGUUGCAGGUUCACAUAACAAAGGCCGGUAUCCAGAAACCACUACGGCUGGUUGGGGGAGAUGCGUUUCCCCAGGAUCAUUUUGAGGCUGGGUAUACCAGUAUUCCUGGGCCAGAAGGACCUGUUACGUUAGGAGUUAUGAUCCGGUCCGCCAUCAAUGACACUGAUGGCAAGAUUGCCUUCACAGAUAUCAGAUCCGACUCCGUUGGAGCUGUCCAGCUCCUCCAACUUGAUAACGAUGAUACCGACGUAGAUCACACGGGCAACCUGGAGACGAUUCCUGCCCAUACACAUAACGGCAAGUCGUAUCCAGCUGGACGUGCAAUCAUGGGGUCGCGAGGCGGGCCGAAAGCCAACAUCGUCAAGUUCCUAGAGGCCCAGGAGACCCAAGCGCCAGUGGAAAUUGACACAACGUGGCUGUAUAUCGGCCACACGGAUGAGUUUAUGCAGUUUGUCCCCGCGGACAACGAGCGCGGCUGGGCCACGAUGGUGGACGAUCCUCUUGCUGGCCUUGAUCUUUUGGUAAAGGUUCAAAAGACAGGCCAUGGCGAUGUUCGAGCCUUGUCCAGGCCGAGCUUCCCUACUGACAGUGCCGAUAGCCGGACGCCAAAUAAUGUCAGUCUUCCGGCUAUCACGAUCGACGGCGUGCUCAGGCGGGCCAACUUUUCCCGGGUCCAGGAGUACGCUGCAUGGAACAUUGAGAGAAACAUCAAAAUUAUAAAGCAAGAGGUGGGACUUGACGAUAGUGAGAUCUUCCGCGUGCCGGCACUGUACUACAACGAAGCGAUGGGAGGCCCAAGACCGUAUCGGCCCAAAAAGUACUUGCCAAAGCCGGGCCAGGGGGAGGAACACAUCAAGGACCGCGACCACGCGUUCCAGGUAUAUGCCUUCUACCCCGGCGCCGUCAAUGGCAUAGUCCUUGGAAAGGGGAAAUACUUGUCUGCGGACGUAUGGGGCCCCAUCAUUGACGGCAAGGACAUUCUCAAAGAAGCCGUCAAUGCAGCAUAUGCCAAGGCCAACGUGACGGUCGACUAUAUCGACGACUGGUGGUCGCACCAUGUCGGUAUCGGCGAGAUACACUGCGGCUCAAACGCCAUUCGCGACACUGAUUUUCCUUGGUGGUAA